AUGCAAGUUCUCUUUGCUCUCAUCGUUUUGCUCGAGGCGGGGAAGUCGGAAGUCAUGACUGCGGUCGUAUCGGAAAAUAUCGUCUUUCAGGCCGAAGAAGACUGA